CUUUAGAAUACUGUAAACCUACGUUCUCCAAAGAUCUCUAUAUACCGAUCAGAACAAGAAGACGUCUUCAAAGACAUUGUACUCGAUUCCACAACUUAAAUGACUUUUCCUCUUUAGUAACGAUGACAGAAAUACUUGUCCGAACAGAGGCAAUAAGUAAACAAAAAGCAGUAGCACAGGAAAAACGUGCAGUUGAACUUAAUAAUAACUCCUCUGCACUCACCAUACUACUCCAAAAUAAACUUAAACGCUCAAAAUCGAGAGGGAGUAUAUUCAUUAAAGACAAACAAGUAUACGAAGAUCCUAAACUUGUCACAGAAUUAUUUAGUGAACAUUUUUGUUUCUCACUAACUAACGAAAAGCCAUUUAAUGAUUCAGAAUCAAUCCCAGUAACUCCCUGUGAAAUUACUAAUGUAGAAUUCAAUGUACAAAAUAUUUCCAAGGCAAUCAGUAGAUUAAAACACUCCUACACUGAUGGACCAGAUGGUAUUCCAUCUAGCAUGCUAAAACGUGGAGGUGAUGAUAUGUGUGUUUUGCUUCUCAAACUAUUCGCGAUAUCACUCUCUUCAGCGUGUUACCCUACUGCCUGGAAAACUACACAUAUCAUUCCCAAAAUUAAAACAGGACCUGAAGCAAACGUUGAAAAUUACCGGCCUAUAAACAUAACUUCAGUGGUAUCCAGAGUGAUGGAAAAAGUAGUUAAGGCGGCUGUAGUCCAACAUCUACUAACUAAUAAUCUCAUCUCGACCUCCCAGCAUGGAUUUCUUAGGUCCAGAUCAUGCGACACAUGCCUAGUAGACUACCUGAAUGAUAUAACUCUGAAACGAGACAGCGGACUCCUUGUAUCAGUCCUAUUCCUAGACUUUAGGAAAGCCUUUGAUAAGGUCCCACACAAAAGGCUACUCGUCAAACUAAAUUCCUUCGGAAUACACAACCCACUGUACUCAUGGUUUGCUUCGUUCUUAACAGAACGUAAACAGAUGGUAAAGUACAAUGACUGUCUCUCGUCCCCUAGACCAAUCACCAGUGGAGUCAUCCAGGGAAGCGUAUUAGGUCUACUUUUGUUUCUUAUGUAUAUAAACGAUAUAUGUAACACCAUAGAAUUUGGGAAACCAUACUUAUAUGCUGAUGAUCUCAGAAUAGUAUACAGCUAUAAGCCUGAGACACUAAGCGAAAGUGUAUCCCAGAUCCAAAAGGACCUCAAUAGCUUAACUAUCUGGAGUGAAAAAUGGCAAUUACCAUUUAACCUCAACAAGUGCGGGAUCAUGCACUUUGGAAAGCAUCCCUAUAAACCGCGACUUCACUUAAAUGAAUGUAGAGUCCAAACACUCGAAUCAGUACACGAUUUAGGAAUUAACUACACAGGAAGCCUGAACUUUGAAGAACAUGCUUCCUCUAUUAUUUCUAAAUCUAGACGGCUAAUUGGUUUUAUAAUGAAAAACUUUUUCACAACAGAGGGUAAACUUACUCUCUACAAAAUAUGUGUACGACCCUCCCUUGAAUACUUCUCUUUUGUCUUCUCUAAUAUGAAUAUCGCAGACAAGAUAAGAGUAGAAGAUGUUCAAAGACGUUUCACACGUCAACUACUAGGAUGUAACUUGAAUAUCGAUUACACAGACAGAUGUAAGCAUCUAUCUUUGGAACCUUUAUGGCACCGUAGGCUAAAAAACAAUUUAAUAUUUCUCUACAAAGCGAUAUAUGGGCUCUCCUUUCUAACCUCCUGCCCGACUAUCACCCACGACCCAGCAUAUAGACUUAGAAACAACGCAUAUACACUACUUACCGUAACACACCAAAAACAAAUGCGUUGUAAGUUUUUUUACAGUACGCUUUAGUGUAGAACAGGCUGCCAAUGCCUAUCCGCAACUGUGAUACGUUUACCAGAUUCAAAAAGCUAAUAACCCUAUUUCUAGACUCCAAAGAGCUUCAACAGUUCCUUGAACUCCCGCCCACCGAUGAGGCACUUUAUUACGGACCGCCUAGUAUCUAGAAAGAACAAGAUUAUAACAAGUUCGACUGUUACUAAUACGAAUAUAACCAAAUCACAGGAUAUAUGGCUUAUCCUUUCCUAUUAUUUAUUGUUUAUAAAUCAUGACUUCAUGCUCUUAACCCUAGCUUUCAGUUCCCAAAUCUCUACAGGUUAAAUGUACAUUAUUCUCCCUAAAAGUCAUGUUUUUUUUUCUACUGCAAGUAGACAGAUAGCUCAAUCUUAUGGAAGCUGAUCUACCAAGGCCGAUCAUACAAAGCUCAAAAUUUGGCCACAAAGUCUUGUGAGUUUCUCAAUGCUUUAUUUGUCUUACCCUGAAAUUUUUUUCUACAAUUUUAUACCCUCUCAUAUCUUUUGAUUUACUAUUAGUCCUUACUUCUUUAAACCAUUAGUUAUUUUCAUAGCAGUGUGAUAUACUAUAUGGACAUCUAACCCAUAAAAGACUUUUCAACUAUCUGAUUUGCUUGUAACAUGAACCUAGUAGAGACAGUGUAUUCCAACUAUGGGCUUUGAUUAAAGCAGUAUUCAUACUUACCACAAACGUAAGAGAGCCUAACAUCACAAAAGGAGGGAGGGUGGCGUUACUGACCAGCAAACAUGAUGGUGGGGAGAUAAAUUCAAUCCACCCAUGUCUGUAGGGCAGAACAUUUUGUUUAAUAACGGCUCCUUAUGGUUUAGUGGGAUGUCACGAAUUUAUGGUAUUGAUGCUGAUUUAUCACGCAAAAUACCUCAUUAAAUCGUGUUACGAACGUUGAAUUGGUUUCACUUCCUACCCAGUAAUCCUAUUACAAGCAAACUAGACAAUUCGCUAAUAUACGAAGCCUACUCAAGACCCCAUAAAUACCUGGAAAAAAAUUAUAAAAAAAGAAAGGGGCUCUACUAGCUUCGAUAAAAAAAGAAAGACAGCCAAUCGUAUAUCACAAUACUGUUUCUAGCACUAUAUUUUAUUUUAUAAUCACACAUAAUUCCAUACUCUCAGCUCCUUUCCGAAUCGCCUCCAUUUGUCAGUUGUAUGUCCACUCACACCUUGUUAACACUUAGUUUCUUUAACCUAUUAAAAUGCUCUUUCUUAACAAAUACCUUAAUAAAAGAAAAUUAGACGGAGUAAUCAUACCUUAAACAUUUCUUCAUGAAUAUUGGCUACUCUGCCCCUCGUGUUUUCUUUUACUUGCUCCCUCUUUCAGCCCCCUUGUGAUAUGGAACG